AUGCCUCGUUCAAAUAAAGUUAUUAAAUCUUGUAAAAAAGCACGUCUUGCUAAAUUAUCUAAACCUCGUAAACCAUUAAUUCCAAUUGAUAAUAAUUCUAUUAUUAAUUCUAUUACAACACCACUUGAUACUAAUUCUGCUAUAAUUCCAAUCAAUAUAAAUCCUAAUUUGUUAAAUAUUUCUAUUCCUAAUAUACAACCGACACCUCAACUUAAUUCUAAAGCUGAAAGAAUAAAAAAAGAUUUAAUUGAUAAAAUCAAUAAUUUACCUGAAAAAGAACUAAUAUCAUAUUCCAAAUUAUUAAUUAAUAUGAUAUAUAAAGAUGGAUCACAUAAAGAUGAAAUCUUAUCUCCUUACCUGCAAAAAAAAGCCAUGGAAUGGAUACUUGCAAAUCGAGGAAAACCCAACAUUAAUCCUCAUGAAAAAGAUCAAAAAAUUCGAUUAUUAAAACGAAAAAUACAUAAUCUGACCUUUAAAGUAAAAUCUCUUACAGCUAAACUUAAAUAUGCUCAAAGAUUUAAAGCUGUUCAUAUUUCCCGAAUUCGAUCAACUGUCAGAAAAAAAAGAAAUAUUUCAAAUAAAGAUAUAAAAAAUACAAUAAUCAAAAAGAUUAAAAAUAAAAAAACCUAUACUCCUGAAUUUGUUUCUUUAGCUACAGAUUUAAGUAAUGUAGGCCAGAUGUCAUUAGCUUCUACAGUAAAAUGUACAAAAGAAAUGGUAACCUUCCUUACUGGUGAUUCUCCUGAAUCAUGGUUAUCCUCUAGUAAUUUAUCUCGAUGGAAUACAGAGGUAGCCCAAAUCUCAAUACAAGAAAAUUUGCCUGAAUUUACUAAUAAAUUUGAUUCAUAUGGUAUUAUGGCAGAUGAAAGUACAAGAGGAGAAAAAAAAAUAUUUUUAAUAUGUAUAUCUUACUGGAGUGAUAAAAAACAACAACCUAUGCUUACUAUACUUAGCAUGAAAGAUUUAGAUCGUUGUUCAGCAUCUAUAGUAUCUUCUAGUGUUGGAGAAACUAUUAACAUGCAUUCAUUAAAUCCAGCUAAAUGCCAAUAUUGGCUUACUGAUAAUACAGCUUAUAUGUCUGGAUCAAAAGGCGGAGCUGUAGUUGAAUUCAAUAAGUUAUAUUCUGCAAAAGCUACUCGAAUUCCUUGUGGAUUGCAUGUAUUACAUAUAGCUUCAGUAACUUUUGACAAUAUAACUUUUGGAAAGAUUAAUUCUCCUUCUGGACUUUCUUUACAUCCGCAUCCAUUUAAUGUACUUAAUUUAGCAUAUCAUCUUCAUUGUGGAUAUAAUGAGUCUAAUAAAGAUAAUCCAUUAAAUAUGAAAACAAAAACAAUUAAUGAAUUAUAUAUGACAUUAAUGAAUUACAAUCUUAAAAGAUAUCAAAAACCUAUUUCUAGUCGCUGGUUAUAUCAAUUAACUACAGCAAGACAAUAUUUAAAUAAUAGAGAUUCUCACCUUCAAUUUUCUAAAUGGUUUGUUCAUCAUUUAACGGAUGCUAGUAAUGUUCCAGAAGGAUAUCUAAAAAAAUGGAAAACAUUUCAUGAUUUUUUACAAAAUGAUAAACUAAAUAUAGAAAUUCAAGUUAUGGUUCAAUUUGGUGAAUAUUUUUAUGAAAAAAUAAUGUUUUUCUUAAUUAGUAAAAAUAAUAGUACUUAUCCUCUUCCAAAUGGGUUCAGAGCAAGUGAAAUGCCAGAUAAAGUUGAACAAUGGAUUGAUGAAUUUCAAAUUGCUAUUGAAAAUCCAAGUGAAGUUUUUGUAGAAGAAUUGCUAUUGGCUUAUGAAAUCCUCUCUGAAGAUGAAUUCUAUAAUUUAGAAAUUAGAAUCAAAAGCGGAUUAAUAAAGGCAUUAAAAGCAUUCAAACGAUGGAUGGAUCCAUGGAUGCAUUUACCUCUUUCUAUAUGCCGACUUGGAGGAAUUCAUGGUCCUGAUUUUGCAGUUGCCAUUGUUAAAGUUAUAUUAAAUAUUCCACUUUUACAUGAACCUACAAGUAUACAAAAAAAAUAUAUAGAUGGAUUAAUAAAUGAUCUGAAUGUUGGAAAAGGGGAUUCCUUUGGAUUGUUUCAAGCAUUAGAGGAUAAUGAAUUUCAAGAGCAAUUUCUAACCUUUUCACAAAACACCCAUGUCGAAUUACCUAAUUAUUUAUUAGUAUAUGAGUUUGUUAAAUAUAGAAUUUGGCCUAUAAUUGUCCAUCAACAACAUCUUGAGGGAAUGUUUAAUAAAUACGACCUCAAAAUUCAUCCUAAUAUGUCUUUAGAUCUACAAGAGGCCAGACUGCAACUCUCAGGACCCAAAACCCUCGGAACUUUACUUACCAAAGAAAAAUUAAUGGAGAUUCGUGUGAAAAGAAAGGAGGAAAAAAGAAUCUCUGAAAAUGGCCUUACUAGCCUUACUAAUGGAGAGGAAGCCGCGACAAAAUUGCUUGAAAA